AUUCAAUGUUGAUGGAUUAUUACUAAAAUCAAAAUGGGUUCUACUGUGGUCGCUUCUGCGACUGUUCGUGCUGUCAAAAGCAGAAAAAUACUUUCUACAAGGGCAGCGCUUACUUUAACAUCAAAUGCAGUAAAAAAAAUUAAGGAGUUGUUAGAAAACAAAUCUGACUAUAUAGGUUUAAAAGUUGGUGUGAAGCAGCGAGGAUGUAAUGGCCUGAGUUAUACUCUUGAUUAUGCCAAAGAAAAAUCUAAGCUUGAUGAAGAAGUUGUUCAAGAUGGCGUAAGAAUUAUAAUUGACAAAAAGGCACAAUUAUCUUUACUGGGAACUGAAAUGGACUAUGUAGAAUCUAAAUUAAGUUCUGAAUUUGUUUUUAACAAUCCAAAUAUAAAAGGAACAUGUGGAUGUGGAGAAAGCUUUUCUGUUUAAUUAGUUAGAAUAUUUAUGAAAAUUGUAGUCAUAAUAGACAAAUAUAAGUUGACUGUAACUUAAAAAUGUGUAAAUUAGUUUUGACUCAAUUAUUUUAUUAAAAAUCUGAUAGUAAGAUUUCUCAUUUUUAUUUGAAAAUAAUUAUGAUUUAAUAAAGUAAAAUAACAGGUAAAUAAAAUAUAUAAUAUAGU